AUGGGCAAUAUGGCAUCCUCAGGGCCCAAAAUUACGCCACAAGAUAAGGCAAUUUUGCAACUGAAACUGCAAAGAGACAAGCUUCACAAAGCGUCUGUGAAAAUUCAGACAGUUAUUGACAGAGAGACAGAGAUCGCCAAGCAAUGCGUCAAGCAAAAUAAUAGGAGAAAAGCCCUAUUGGCGUUGAGAAAGAAGAAGUAUCAGCAAAACCUACUUUCAACAGUGGAGAAACAAGCCGAAACGCUGGAAGAGCUGAUAAAUACGAUUGAGUUCAAGCUGAUCGAAAAAGAUUUCGUUUACGGUCUGGAACAGGGUAAUCAAGUCCUCAAACAGUUGAACAAAGAAAUGAGCAUAGAGAAAGUGGAUAAAAUACUGGACGACUCAGAAGAAGGAAUCAGGUAUCAGGAAGAGUUGAGCGAGAGACUAGGAGAACUCAUGUCCAAGAGUCUGGAAGACGAGGUGGAUCUGGAGCUUGAGGAACUGGAAAAACAGGAAAGAGCAAAGCAGUCUCCCCAAAAAGAUGUGGCGGCUCAGCUUCCAGAGGUCGUCAACAAACCCUUGCCCGAAGUCAAACCGAAGCAACCAGAGGAGCGCGAAGAAGAGCAACACGCACCACUACCUGCAUGA